CUAGCUCGAUCACCAAAAGCCCUCCACUCAGUUAUGGCAUUGCAAUUCCGCUCUUUCCUCCUGUGUGUGCUGCUGCUUCUCCUUGGCUUUGCAUUGGCUAAUACCAAUGCUGCCAGGACAGAUCCACCCGUUGUUUGUGAAACCCUCAACAGGACCGAUUUCGAUAUUCUGUUUCCGGGGUUCACAUUUGGUACAGCAUCAUCAUCGUACCAAGUAGAAGGUGCUGCAAACGAAGAUGGUAGAGGACCAAGCAUAUGGGAUACCUUCACCCACGACCAUCCAGAAAAGAUCGCUGAUGGCAGCAAUGGAGAUGUUGCUGUUGAUCAAUAUCACCGCUAUAAGGAAGAUGUGGCAAUGAUGAAGGAUAUGGGGUUGGAUUCUUAUAGGUUCUCUAUCUCAUGGUCUAGAAUAUUACCAAAGGGAACACUAAGCGGUGGAAUUAACGAGAAAGGAAUCAAAUACUACAAUAAUCUCAUCAAUGAACUCCAACUCAAUGGUAUAAAGCCAGUAGUGACACUCUUCCACUGGGAUGUCCCCCAAGCCUUAGUUGACGAAUAUGAUGGUUUUUUAAAUCAUCGGAUUGUCGAUGAUUUUAAAGCAUACGCGGAACUUUGUUAUAAGGAAUUUGGUGAUCGAGUAAAGCAUUGGACCACAGUUAAUGAGCCAUAUCACCUUAGUUUCAGUGGUUAUGCAAAUGGGGACCAUGCACCAGGACGAUGCUCAUCUUGGUAUGACUCAACCUGCCUUGGGGGAGAUUCGGCUAUUGAGCCAUAUUUGGUGGCACACCACCUACUCCUUGCUCAUGCUGCUGCUGUAAAAUCAUAUAAGAAAGAUUUUCAGCCAUCUCAAAAUGGUGUGAUAGGAAUAACACAUGUAACACGCUGGUAUGAGCCCGCUUCGGAGUCACAGGAAGAUAAAGAUGCUGCAAUUCGAGCUAUGGAUUUUUUGUAUGGAUGGUAUAUGGAUCCAUUGACAAGAGGUGACUAUCCACAAAUCAUGCGAUCUAUGCUUAAAGAAAGAUUACCACAAUUCACAGAAGAAGAAUCCAAUUCACUGAUUGGCUCAUAUGAUUAUAUUGGAGUUAACUACUAUAUUUCUAGAUAUGCAAAAGCUUACCCUGAGGGUUAUAUUGUACCUACGCCUCCAGGCUUCGUAACAGAUCCAUACGUUAAUAUUACAACUGAACUUAAUGGCGUCCCCAUUGGUCCACGGCCUGCACAUGACUGGUUAUAUGUAUACCCAAAAGGACUUUACGAAGUUUUGCUCUACACAAAGGAAAAGUAUAAUAAUCCAGUUAUAUACAUUACUGAGAAUGGCAUGAAUGAGUUAAAUAUUCCCAAUUUUCCACUUGAGCAAGCCCUUGAUGAUUCCAAUAGAGUUUUAUUCUACUAUCGUCACCUCUGUUACCUCCAAGCAGCAAUGAAAAAAGGUGUUGAUGUGCGGGGAUACUUUGCAUGGUCAUUUAUAGACAACUUUGAAUGGAGCUCAGGAUACACUGUUCGAUUUGGUGUCAACUAUGCUGAUUACGACAAUGGACUGGAAAGACACUCAAAACUCUCGGCGCACUGGUUCAAAAGUUUCCUCAAGAAAUCCUCAAGUAGUACAAAAAAAAUCCAAACAUUUGGGAACAAUAAUGCAACGGCUAGCAAAUUUGUGCAUCAAAUUUGAAUCCCAUAUGAUGAAUAAAGUACAGCAGCUCCUCCGCAGUUGUUGCACAAGUUGCUUUUCAUGUUGUACGUUGUUUGUUUGACUCUUUCUGAGUUGGAAUAAGUUGUAGCAACUCAUUAUGAGUUAGCUAUCUCUCCUUAUGAGAUUUUAGUUUUAAUUUUAUUUGAUGUGCUUGGUAUCCAAGUUUAUUGGCUUUAUGUGGUGGAGGUGCUUUGGCCGUUUAUGGAUUUGGUUGGAGGGAUACCUUAUUGUCUAGAUGUUGUUGAUGUAUCCCUCAUGUGUUUCUAUUAGUCCUUGUGGCCAGUGACCCUUUAUGUCUAAAUUAUGAAUGUAAUUUCCUCCGGAUUAAAAACUGAUGAAAUAAAAUAAAAACUAAAAUUAAUGGA